UGUAUAAUAAUCAAUAUAACGUACAUAUGUACAAGGAAUAAACGAAUGCGAGUUGCAAUUGGCUUUAAACUUAUUUUAGCCAUUGAGUUUGUGUUGUGUGCAGUGCAAAAAUUCGAAAGAGGAAGAACGAAGAAAAAUACGUACAUAUAUAAAACUAUUGAAAAUAUAUAAACUAACUCCUCGCCACCCUCAACCCCCUCAGUACGAACCAUUCGCACAGUAAUCGGCCAAAAUCAUGGAACACUUUCAUCAAAUACAGCAAACAAUUCAACACUAUCAGCAGCAACUGGCUGCGCAGCAACAACAACAAGCGGCUGCAGUACAACAGCAACAGUUGCAACAACAUCAAGUGGUUGUCCAGCAGAAUCAACAGCAGGCACAUCAAAAUAGCUCCAACACCACCGCCGGCGUUGGCACCCAACAGCUAUUUACAUACAAAAUGGCCAGUAGUUUCCCCAAUCCAGCCACAACAAUGGCCCAGGUUGUUGCCACCUCGAAUGCGGCAACCACUGGCUACGAUUACCGCCUAAAUAUGGCACAGGCUGCGGCAGCUGCAGCGGUACCCGGCUCCCAAUGGUGGUAUCCGGCUGCCAAUCAGGGUCAGGUGGAUGCCAACACAGCUGCACAGCUCCAACAGCAACAGCAGCAACAACAGCAGCAGCAACAACAGCAACAGCAGCAGCAACAGCAACAACAACAGAUGCAACAACAGCAGCAGCAACAGAAUGUCAUUAAUUCGGCUGGCAGCCCAAUGGUUAGGGGUAAGGCUGAUGCGAAACCCAGAGGUCGGAUGACAGCAUACGCAUACUUUGUACAGACAUGCAGAGAGGAGCACAAAAAGAAGCAUCCUGAUGAGACAGUGAUCUUCGCUGAAUUCUCAAGGAAAUGCGCUGAGCGCUGGAAGACGAUGGUUGACAAGGAGAAGAAACGCUUCCACGAAAUGGCCGAAAAAGACAAGCAGCGGUACGAGCAAGAAAUGCAGAACUACGUGCCGCCCAAGGGCGCGGUUGUGGGCCGCGGCAAGAAAAGAAAACAAAUCAAGGACCCCAAUGCGCCAAAACGUUCAUUGUCUGCGUUCUUCUGGUUCUGCAAUGAUGAAAGAAAUAAAGUGAAGGCUCUUAAUCCAGAAUUUGGUGUUGGUGACAUUGCCAAAGAGCUGGGUCGCAAAUGGUCAGACGUUGAUCCCGAAGUAAAGCAAAAGUAUGAGUCGAUGGCAGAGCGGGACAAGGCACGAUAUGAACGAGAAAUGACCGAGUACAAGACGAGCGGGAAAAUUGCCAUGUCAGCACCCUCGAUGCAAGCGUCGAUCCAGGCGCAGGCACAAGCAGUACAGAAAGCCGCGUUACUUGCUGCAGCUGCCCAGCAACAGCACCAGCAGCUGGAUGAACAGCACGACGACGAUGAUGGCGACGGUGAUGAUGACGAGAAUCAAUAGGUCUAGCAGUAAAAUAAAUACUCUUCACUAUUUAUACACUAUCCGUUGGUCAUCACGAACAAGGAAAAUAGCGUCAGCUAAUCAAUAACCAGAUUAACUGAUGCGUGUUGAACAUAUAUAUA